AUGGUACCAGUUGCUUAUGUGUGUCUGCCGUCUCUACCGCUAACGCCCAAUGGCAAGCUAGACCGGCGAGCACUUCCGGCUCCGGAUGAUGGAGCGUUCGUUCGGCAACAGUAUGAAGCUCCACAAGGUGCAAUGGAAGAGAAACUGGCCGAUAUAUGGCGUGGUCUGCUUGGCAUUGAACGCAUCAGCCGUCAUGACAAUUUCUUUGCGCUGGGAGGCCACUCGUUAUUGGUCGUACGACUUUUGAUACAGUUGAGACAGCUCGGUCUAGACACCACCGUACGAGAAGUGUAUAAUUCUCCAACUCUGGCCAUUUUGGCUACGAAGCUUGCCUGUUAUGAAGCAGUUACUAUUCCACCUAAUCUCAUUACUUCAGAUUGCAUGUCUAUUACUCCAGAAAUGUUACCGCUCAUCACUCUUUCUCAGGCAGAGAUUGAUGCAAUUAUUGCACAGGUACCUGGUGGAGUAACUAAUAUCCGAGAUAUUUAUGGAUUGGCGCCUUUGCAACAGGGUAUGUUCUUCCAUCAUCUGAGGUGCGAAGAGGGCGACCCAUACUUGAUGGGAAUGCGUAUGCAAUUUACUGACCGUACGGCACUUGAACGUUAUGCAAAUGCUCUGCAAAAGACAAUAGAGAGACACGAUAUCCUUCGUACCAUCUUCAUCUGGGAAGGUCUCAGUGAGCCGGCGCAGAUCAUUUUGCGUAAGGUUCCUUCGUUACCCAACGAGGUUACAUUGGAUGAUACCAGUGAACCGGUAUUGGAGCACUUGAGCCGCCGCUUUGAUCCGCGUCACUACCGGUUCGAAUUGACACAGGCACCGCUAUUGCGUUUAUUUGCCGCACGAACGUCUGAAGGGAGCUGGGUGGCAAUACAACUGAUGCACCACUUAAUUAUUGAUCACUUAACACUGGAGAGGCUGCAGGUGGAAGUUCACGCUAUCAUUGACGGGAAGAUUGAACAGUUAACAACACCAACUUCAUUCCGUAAUGUUGUGGCUCACUCCCUGCUGGGAGUUAAACCAGCCGAGCAUACUCGAUUCUUCAGUGAAAUGCUCGGUGAUAUUGACGAGCCAACCUUGCCAUUCGGUUUGAGAGAGGUUGAUCUGGAUGAAAAUGAAAUCAAUGAAGCAUAUCUGAAGAUGUCACAGGUACUUAAUGAUCAGUUACGAGCGCAUGCACGGAAUCUUCAGGUCAAUUUGGCUAGUAUUUGUCAUUUAGCUUGGGCACAAGUACUUUCGCGAACUAGUGGACGCGAAACGGUAGUUUUUGGCACCGUGUUACUUGGCCGUUCACAGGGAAAAGAAAACGACAAUGUUAUGGGACCGACGAUUAACACGCUCCCAAUACGAAUAGAUCUUAUGGACACCAACGUCGAGACCGCGGUUCGCGAUAGUCAUGCUCGGUUGAGUGCGUUGUUAGCCCAUGAACAUGCACCACUUGCAUUGGUUCAACGCUGCAGCAGAGUUCCAGUUGGCAUUCAAUUAUUCAGCACAUUACUGAACUAUCGUCAUAGUCAACAGACCGAAGAAGUCAAUGCGUCACUUCAAGGAGUAACUCUUCUAGGCAGUGAAGGUCGAACUAAUUACCCAUUAACAAUCUCGCUGGAUGAUAACGACGAUGCUUUGUGCUUGACUGUGCAAGUAGUCACACCAAUGUCAGCAAUUCGAAUCGGUGCAUACAUGCAGCAAGUUAUGGAAUCGAUGGUUGAUGCUUUAUCACAAACGCCUCAACAGAUGAUAAGAACAUUGAUAAUAAUACCACCAGAUGAACGCACAUUACUGCUGCACACUUGGAAUCAAACGAUGGUUAUCUAUUCACCUGUAUGUUGUCUUCAUCACAUAUUUGAAGCACAGGUCGAACGUGAUGGACAAACAAUUGCCGUGGAGUACAAAGGAAAGACUCUGAGCUAUGCGGAACUCAAUGCCGAAUCCAAUCGAUUGGCACAUUACUUGAUCGAGCGAGGCGUCAAAUCCGAUGAUCGCAUCGCACUUUGCGUUGAGCGUAGUGCAACAAUGAUUAUAGCAAUGCUGGGUAUUCUGAAAGCUGGCGCUGCAUAUGUACCACUCGACCCAGCCUAUCCGAGCCAACGACUGACCAAUACUUUGCACGAUGCUGAUCCGAUAUUUUUGUUGACAGAUGCAACUGGCCGAAAAGUACUUGGAGACCAUAAAGUGCCUGUGAUUGACUUAGAUGAACCGUUGCCUGAUGAUUUGCCAAUCGAUAACCCGGACGUGACCAGUCUUGGACUAACUCCAAAUCAUCUCGCUUAUGUAAUUUACACCUCUGGUUCAACAGGAACACCGAAAGGAGUAAUGGUUGAACAUCAGCAAGUCGUACGACUCUUUGCGGCUACAAGCGAAAAAUUUGAUUUUAAUAAACAAGACAAAUGGUGUCUAUUCCAUUCGUAUUCCUUCGAUGUUUCGGUAUGGGAGAUAUGGGGAGCAUUCUCGAAUGGUAGUCAACUGUCGAUUGUACCAUAUGAAAUCAACCGUUCAACGGACGAAUUUCAUGAUUGGAUCUGCGGCAAUGGUGUUACUGUGCUAAAUCAAACGCCCUCGGCGUUUAAAAUGCUUAUGCGAGCGAUGAAUAUGAGUUUACGAACCAAUCGACUGCGAUAUAUUAUAUUUGCCGGUGAAGAGCUAGAUCCAAUGAUCGUAAAAGAAUGGUAUGAAAAGUACGCUGAAAAUCAAACAGUCUUGGUCAAUAUGUAUGGCACAACGGAAACAACAGUUCAUGCGACCUAUCAACGGCUGGAAACUGAAGAAAAUGUUCACACAGUCGGACGACCACUCUCCGAUCUUUGUGUAUAUUUGCUGGAUUCAUAUGGCGAGCCAGUGCCACUGGGAGCCGUGGGAGAAUUGUAUAUCGGUGGUGCUGGUGUGGCUCGUGGUUAUCUAAAUCAACCUGAACUUACCGCAGAACGUUUUCUACCCAAUCCAUUCAGUGACAAUCCUCAAGCACGCAUGUACCGAACCGGUGAUCGAGCACGAUAUCUGCCUGAUAGUAAUCUAGUUUAUCUGGGACGCAUAGACCAGCAAGUAAAAGUUCGCGGUUUUCGAAUUGAGCCUGGUGAAAUUGAAGCCCACUUAAUCGAAAACCCUCAGGUGGACGAGGCAGUUGUACAUAUGUAUGGAAAUGGAUCAGAUGCUCGUCUUGUAGCUUAUGUGGUGGCCGACGCGGGUUCAUCGUUAGCACAGGAUUUGCGUACAUAUCUAUCGAGCUUAUUGCCUGAAUAUAUGGUACCAGUUGCUUAUGUGUGUCUGCCGUCUCUACCGCUAACGCCCAAUGGCAAGCUAGACCGGCGAGCACUUCCGGCUCCGGAUGAUGGAGCGUUCGUUCGGCAACAGUAUGAAGCUCCACAAGGUGCAAUGGAAGAGAAACUGGCCGAUAUAUGGCGUGGUCUGCUUGGCAUUGAACGCAUCAGCCGUCAUGACAAUUUCUUUGCGCUGGGAGGCCACUCGUUAUUGGUCGUACGACUUUUGAUACAGUUGAGACAGCUCGGUCUAGACACCACCGUACGAGAAGUGUAUAAUUCUCCAACUCUGGCCAUUUUGGCUACGAAGCUUGCCUGUUAUGAAGCAGUUACUAUUCCACCUAAUCUCAUUACUUCAGAUUGCAUGUCUAUUACUCCAGAAAUGUUACCGCUCAUCACUCUUUCUCAGGCAGAGAUUGAUGCAAUUAUUGCACAGGUACCUGGUGGAGUAACUAAUAUCCGAGAUAUUUAUGGAUUGGCGCCUUUGCAACAGGGUAUGUUCUUCCAUCAUCUGAGGUGCGAAGAGGGCGACCCAUACUUGAUGGGAAUGCGUAUGCAAUUUACUGACCGUACGGCACUUGAACGUUAUGCAAAUGCUCUGCAAAAGACAAUAGAGAGACACGAUAUCCUUCGUACCAUCUUCAUCUGGGAAGGUCUCAGUGAGCCGGCGCAGAUCAUUUUGCGUAAGGUUCCUUCGUUACCCAACGAGGUUACAUUGGAUGAUACCAGUGAACCGGUAUUGGAGCACUUGAGCCGCCGCUUUGAUCCGCGUCACUACCGGUUCGAAUUGACACAGGCACCGCUAUUGCGUUUAUUUGCCGCACGAACGUCUGAAGGGAGCUGGGUGGCAAUACAACUGAUGCACCACUUAAUUAUUGAUCACUUAACACUGGAGAGGCUGCAGGUGGAAGUUCACGCUAUCAUUGACGGGAAGAUUGAACAGUUAACAACACCAACUUCAUUCCGUAAUGUUGUGGCUCACUCCCUGCUGGGAGUUAAACCAGCCGAGCAUACUCGAUUCUUCAGUGAAAUGCUCGGUGAUAUUGACGAGCCAACCUUGCCAUUCGGUUUGAGAGAGGUUGAUCUGGAUGAAAAUGAAAUCAAUGAAGCAUAUCUGAAGAUGUCACAGGUACUUAAUGAUCAGUUACGAGCGCAUGCACGGAAUCUUCAGGUCAAUUUGGCUAGUAUUUGUCAUUUAGCUUGGGCACAAGUACUUUCGCGAACUAGUGGACGCGAAACGGUAGUUUUUGGCACCGUGUUACUUGGCCGUUCACAGGGAAAAGAAAACGACAAUGUUAUGGGACCGACGAUUAACACGCUCCCAAUACGAAUAGAUCUUAUGGACACCAACGUCGAGACCGCGGUUCGCGAUAGUCAUGCUCGGUUGAGUGCGUUGUUAGCCCAUGAACAUGCACCACUUGCAUUGGUUCAACGCUGCAGCAGAGUUCCAGUUGGCAUUCAAUUAUUCAGCACAUUACUGAACUAUCGUCAUAGUCAACAGACCGAAGAAGUCAAUGCGUCACUUCAAGGAGUAACUCUUCUAGGCAGUGAAGGUCGAACUAAUUACCCAUUAACAAUCUCGCUGGAUGAUAACGACGAUGCUUUGUGCUUGACUGUGCAAGUAGUCACACCAAUGUCAGCAAUUCGAAUCGGUGCAUACAUGCAGCAAGUUAUGGAAUCGAUG